AUGACAAUAUUGACUAAAGUUCUCAGGUUACCUAAUCAAUAUCCACUGCUGCGUGGUAUGAUAUCUUACGCCAUAAUCUGGCCAACAUGCAGCAUAGUACAGGAAUACAUAAUCAAUGGGACCACCAUAGGUCACGCAGAUUGGUCCAGAGCGGCUCGUUACAGUGUUUUUGGUACGUUUUUCAUGGCACCUGUAUUUUAUGGUUGGAUGAAAUACACAAGUAGAUUCUUCAGAAAGAAAAACUUGAAGACAGCGUUUACUAGAGCUGUUAUAGAGCAAGUUUCAUACUCCCCUUUAGCGAUGGCUUAUUUCUUCUUUGGAAUGAGUGCACUUGAAAUGAAGCCUCUAAAUUCUUGUAUAAAAGAAGUGAGAGAGAAAUUUUGGUCAACUUACAAGUUAGGGGUAAUCUUCUGGCCGGCAGCGCAGACUAUAAACUUCUAUUUUGUAUCGGAGAAGAAUAGAAUUGUGUUUGUAAGUGCAGCUAGUUUUGUUUGGACAGUAUAUUUGGCGCAUGUGAAGGCUAAAGAUCAGAGUGAUGUUGAACUGAAAGUUAUGGAUGAAAAGAAAAUUUGA